UGGAAUCUCUGUACUCAUCUCCCUCUCAACAUUCUCUCGUCUCUUCACUCUCAUUCUCCUCUCUAGUUUCUCCCUUCCAUUAUUCUCUCGUGAAAUUGAAGAUGAAUUCGUCCAUGAUCAAGCUCUUCCUUAUCUUAGGUCUUUUGGCCACAUCAUGCGUGUCUCAGGCUCCAGGUCCCUCUCCCACACCGACGUCAACACCACCCUCACCGACGCCUGCACCAACUACAGUUCCGCCGACGUCGACUCCAUCGCCGACACCGACUUCAUCACCAGCACCUGCUCCGGGCACACCUGCACCAACUCCAGCACCAACAACUGCCCCGACUCCUUCACCGACCUCGGCUCCUCCAUCUGAGGCUCCCACUCCCAGCUUUACACCUCCUCCGGCACCAUCACCAUUCUCUCCUUCUUCCGAGCCACCGGCGGCCGAAGUUCCCAGCGGAACCUUCGCUGCUGGGUGGAUAGACAGAGUCGUGAUCGCCGGAACUGCUCUCGCCGGGACUUUCUUGGUUGUGACUUUGGCUUAGAGAGACUGAUUCCCGAUUUUGGUACCCCGAUCCGGACUACAUCUUCAGUAAUUUUUUUUUCUUUUUACACGUGUUUUUUUUUAUUCUAUAUUGGAUUUGGACGGUUGAUUAUUUUUUGGGUUGACACGUGUACCGUUUGAUUUUGGAAAGUGGUGGAUUUUAAAGAUGGGGUUGUAGAUGAGAUGAUUUAGUUUGAAUAAAACAGUUUGCUAUUCUUUCUUUUUUC